GCAGCUUUGGGGUGCUGGUAACUUCAAAUGCCCAGCCAGCCAACAGGUGGAACCAAGAACGUACAGGCAAUCUCUGGAUGAGCCAAGGAUCUGUUUCCACAGCACCUGCCUUCUGCUCUACAGCUAAGCGUGCGGCCAUGAUCAGCCCCAGAAGCAGCUCAGAAACACUUUUCCCCUUGAGGCUGCAAGUUUCCUUCCACGUCUCUGCUACCUGUUUCUGCAUAGAACAGACCAAUGGCUGCUGUGCCAGACUAUUAUAAGCUUUUAGAGAUUCCUCGGGAUGCCUCUGACACCGAUAUUAAAAAAGCGUACAGGAAAAAAGCCCUGCAGUGGCACCCAGAUAAAAACCCAGAGAGGAAGAAAUACGCUGAACAGAAGUUCAAAGAAGUUACAGAAGCUUAUGAAGUGCUGUCAGAUAAGACCAAGAGGGAACGUUAUGAUUGCUACGGGGAUGGACUUGCAACAGUUCCUGAAGAAGAAUUGAGAUUCACUUUCCGCAGCCCUUGGGAUGUUUUCCGAGAGAUGUUUGGGACCUCGGACUCCUAUUCCGCCAACAAAGAAGAAGAUAUUCCAUGGUACUUAAAAGGCCCUUUAUUUUCCAUCUCCAUUUCAGAAGAUUCAGGUGUUUCGAUAACGUUUGGCCCCAAAAGAUCUUUAUGUUUCUUCACUCUUGAUCCUAAAGUCUUCAGUUUUAAAAACAUCAUCACCAGGAAAAGGUCCCCAGAGAAAGAUUCUGAACAAGUAGAAGGAAAGGAGGAGAGAGAACUAAAAUCUGUUGAAGUUCCUGAUGAGGAAGAAAGCAACAAGGUAAAAGCGGUGGACAACAAAAUACAGGCAGAGCCUGAGUCUAUAUCAGAAUGCAAGGAGGAUUAUGGAUAUGGGUUGGAGACUAAGUCUGAGUCUGCUGAUGAAGAAGAUGAGUCCCUGGAUGAAUAUGAGUCCUAUGAUAGAUGGAACAGCCCUUGCAGGGGAUCUGAAACUGGGAAGGAGGAGGAGGAAGAGGAGGAGCCUUAUGAAUAUCCUUCCUCUUCCCUAUAUGACUCGCAGUAUGAAUCCAGCCCCUACACUGUUUAUGGCAUGACUUCUAGAAGUACAUCUCCCCAGUAUUAUGUAAAGAAAUGUGGGACACGUUAUACAUAUAUCGCCUCUCCUAUAUAUGAACCUCAAAGAACAUAUGGACUGUACGAUUCACAAUAUGGCUACGAAUGGUCCCCUGUUGAUGAGUCACAAUAUGAAUAUGAAGUCUCUCCUCCACCUGAGUCACAAUAUAUAUAUGAAGCUUCCUUGGGGCACAAGUCUCAAUAUAGCUAUGAUGGCAAUUCUCCAUAUGAAUGGCACUAUGGAUACGAGACUCCUCCAAUAUAUGAAAUGCAAGAUGAGGGCAAAACCUCCUCUGAAUAUGAAUCACUCAAUGAAUGUGAUUGCUCUCCUACGUAUGACUGGCCCACACAGCAGAAUGAGUCAGAGACCAAAGAUGCUUCAACUCCUGAAUAUGAGAUCCCUGCUACUUGGAACAAACUGCAGAAGAAUUGCACACCCCCUCUAGGGAAUACUGGUUCAGAAGAUAAACCAGACCCUUCUUUUAGAAGUAAUGGCAUUCCCCAAACACUGAAGGGAUUAUCAGCUGGGCAUUGCCCAGUAGUUGAAAGCAAGGCUUCUCUGGACCAUAGUGAAGGAGCACCCAACUCAAUUACAGCUACUCCUCUAAAUUCUCCAACAGUUUCACCUUUUGAUGAGCAAGGCAACAACUCACACACCCAGACACCAAAUGGACUAAGGAAACUAUCAUCAGAUAAUCCAGACGGGCUCCUCAGUGGCGUGAGGAAGUUUUUGGAUGGGACAAGGAAGCUCUUAUGUAGAGGGAACUAUCUUCCAAAAGAUCAAUCACCAGAAGGAGCCAAAUGGAUCAGCCAACUUCCAAACAUAAACAGCUCACCCCAGAGGGGGAUGAGGUCAUUGCAUGGUAGCGGAAGUCGUCUUCUGCACGGGAGCACUGUGUUUUUAGACAAUCUCAACAAGCCCAGAAGGGAGAGGAGCCCAGCCAUGAGCCAAAGAAUCCCACCACUUCUCUCAAGAAGAGGCUAUUAUACACGAGGGGGAAUGACACCUCAUCUUCCAGAUAUUUCAAGCAGGCUCCUGGGCUCUGUAAAUAGGUUUCCCAGCAGGGGCAACUUCUCUCCCUUGACUCCCCAUUCCAGCUCUUUCUAUAACUCCUAAACUCAGGAAACUGUUAUAAAUCUUGGAGAUGGGGAUAGAUGCUUAAUAAAAGGUGGAAGUAGAAGUCUUCCUUCCAGUCCGCAUUUGCUGUAAUUUCAUGAAAGACUAGGCUCAUAAAAGUAGUGUAAGCCAGCAACCCUGGAAGUUUUGAUCA